GUGGCCCGAGUGCCGUUGCUUCCCGCGCCUGCGCAGUGAUGCCGGGCCCGAAGAGCGGACGGCUGAUGGCGGCGGAGUGAGUGAGUGAGUGAGGGAGUGAGUGAGCGGUGUCGGCGGCGAGAGGCCUGGUUCAGAGAAGAAGGGACAGUCAGCAGUAGAUGCAGGAGGAGCAGCCAGAGGGGAACAGCGGGGAGAAACAAUGGAGGCGUUGAUACCCGUCAUCAACAAACUGCAGGAUGUGUUCAACACAGUCGGGGCCGACAUCAUUCAGCUGCCGCAGAUCGUGGUGGUGGGAACCCAGAGCAGUGGAAAAAGUUCAGUGCUGGAAAGUCUGGUGGGAAGGGACUUGCUCCCCAGAGGCACUGGGAUCGUCACUCGGAGACCACUGAUCUUACAGCUGGUGAAUGUUUCUCCGGAUGAAAAGCGGAAAGCAGCUGGAGAUGAGAACGGCCAAGCCGCGUGGAACAAUUACGGCCACCUUUCUAAAGGAAUUGAAGCAGAAGAAUGGGGAAAGUUUCUUCACACAAAAAAUAAGAUCUACACAGAAUUUGAUGAAAUCAGGCAAGAAAUAGAGAAUGAGACCGAAAGGAUUUCAGGAAUCAAUAAGGGGAUUAGCUCUGAGCCAAUUCAUCUCCGCAUCUUCUCGACAAACGUUGUUAACCUGACCCUCGUCGAUCUUCCUGGCUUGACCAAGGUGCCGGUGGGGGACCAGCCUCGUGACAUCGAAUUGCAGAUCAAAGACCUGAUACUGCGCUAUAUCGGCAACCCAAACUCCAUCAUCUUAGCUGUCACUGCUGCCAACACUGACAUGGCAACGUCAGAGUCCCUUAAAAUUGCCAGAGAGGUAGAUCCCGAAGGCCGCCGGACACUUGCAGUUGUCACCAAGCUAGACCUGAUGGAUGCUGGCACGGACGCCAUGGAUGUGCUGAUGGGAAGAGUCAUUCCAGUCAAACUGGGCAUCAUUGGAAUUGUGAGCAGGAGCCAGCUGGAUAUUAACAAUAAGAAAAUUGUAGCGGAUGCCAUCAAGGAUGAAUACGCUUUCCUUCAAAAGAAAUAUCCCUCUCUUGCAAAUAGAAAUGGAACAAAGCAUCUCGCUAAAACUUUAAAUAGAUUACUGAUGCAUCACAUCCGAGAUUGCUUGCCAGAGCUGAAAACCAGAAUCAACGUGCUGGCUGCCCAGUACCAAUCUCUGCUCAACAGCUACGGUGAGCCGGUGGACGAUCAGAGUGCUACCCUCCUGCAGCUCAUCACUAAAUUUGCUGCCGAAUACUGCCACACCAUCGAGGGAACUGCCAAGUACAUCGAAACAUCCGAGCUCUGUGGUGGAGCGAGAAUAUGCUACAUCUUUCACGAAACCUUCGGUCGGACCCUGGAGUCAGUGGAUCCGCUGGGGGGGCUUAGUACCAUCGACAUCCUGACAGCGAUUCGCAAUGCCACGGGUCCACGUCCAGCACUCUUUGUUCCCGAGGUCUCUUUUGAAUUGUUGGUGAAGCGACAGAUCAAACGCUUGGAGGAGCCCAGUUUGCGGUGUGUGGAGCUUGUCCAUGAGGAAAUGCAGCGCAUCAUCCAGCACUGCAGCACAUACAGCACUCAGGAGCUUCUUCGUUUUCCAAAGCUCCAUGAUUCCAUAGUAGAAGUGGUCACAUCCCUGUUGCGCAAAAGGUUACCAGUUACGAAUGAUAUGGUUCAUAAUCUGGUGGCAAUUGAGCUGGCAUACAUCAACACAAAGCACCCAGACUUUGCCGACGCCUGUGGUGUUUUAAACAGUAACAUUGAGGAGCAAAGGAGAAACCGGUUAGCAAGGGAAAUGCCAUCUGCUGGCUCUCGAGAUAAGUCUUCCAAAGUUCCCAGUGCUCUGCCAGCUUAUUCCCAGGAGGCUUCUGCUGAGGUUUCAGGUGGUGCAGCCCAGGGGCAGGAUGGAAGCCAGGAUGGCGGAACAGGGAACUGGAGAGGAAUGUUAAAAACAUCUGCAUCCAAGUCAGAUGAAGGAUCCUCUGAAGACAGACCCAAGCAAUCUGCUCCCAGCAGCCCUCAGAGGGGACCAUCUGUAAAUUUUCUUGAUGUGCGUGUUCCUAUCUCGCGGAAACUUUCAGCCAGGGAGCAGCGCGAUUGUGAGGUGAUUGAACGAUUGAUCAAGUCGUACUUUCUGAUUGUGAGGAAAAACAUACAGGAUAGUGUUCCAAAGGCAGUGAUGCAUUUCCUAGUCAAUCAUGUGAAAGACAAUCUCCAGAGCGAGCUGGUGGGUCAGCUAUACAAGUCCAUGCUGCUGGAAGACCUCCUCACCGAGUCGGAGGACAUGGCACAGCGCAGGAAGGAAGCUGCGGACAUGUUGAAGGCCUUACAACGAGCCAGCCAGGUCAUUGCUGAGGUCCGAGAGACCCACCUGUGGUGAAGUGUCCCCAACAUAUCCGUGCAGUGGCCGGAGCCACAUCUCAGUUACUUGAAUGCUGCUGAAUGAACAAAUGCACUGGUUUAUUUGCUUACUGUGUAAAAUUGUAUUUAUGGACUGUCGGCUGCAGUACUAAAACAAAUCAAACUAUACAGAAAUGGUAAAUGUCCCCUCCCUGUGGCACUCACUUGUGGUGAGGUGAUCUUUCUGAUUCUGUGGGAUGACUGGGUGGGAGAUUUCAAUUGGAAAAAUCACCUCAAUCGUAACCUUCAGAAGCACAAAUGUGUUUUUUCCCAUCAGUGCUUCAUGGUUGAAGCAUCCAUUCCAGCUCUCGUCCCCAUCUGCUUUGCAAUGUGAGAACUGUAUCCCAAGAAGCAGAACAGUCUGUUGUCUGAGUUGAAAAGUACUUGAAGCAAUGCCACUUGCACUGACCAGCUUUGCUGUGUUCAGACCUUGUGAACACUCAGCCAUCUGCAAGCAGUUCUAAGUUAGGGGGCUGUCACAUUGUGUUUUGUUUAAAAAUAGCUGUUAAUAUCUUGAGACUGAAGCAUUUGUGUGAACAGUGUUUCUUGCUGGUCUGCACGUGUUCAAAUGCUUCAGAUUUAAUCCAAUAAUGUUGAGUGGCCACUGUUCAUUGCACUGGUCUGUUCUCCGCUGCAGUACCAAAUUGGAACUAACUGCCUCUGCACAUUACUUUGUUCUCUGAGGUUUGGUGUGACAUGUAAAGAGAAGCCAGUCUGUAAGGUGUAAAAUGCAAUUUAUUGUUGCCAAUAAAAGUCCGAAAGGUCUUCUUUCCUCACUUCCUUUGAAAAAAAAUGAGAAGUGGGUACGGAACCUUGCAAAUUUUAAAUGAAAAUGUUAUUUUGCUGUUUAACAUUUCAAAUCAUAUUCAGUCAGGAUUAGUAGAAUUCAGAUUUGAUUGCUGUAUGAGAAAGUUGCUUGAUACAUUUCCCCUCCCUGACAAUAAAUUGUUGAAGAAAUGAGCCCAGGAAAUCUAACGUGUCUGGUGUGCAGCCUGAUGAACAGAAAAACUUAUAAAGAUUUGGAACAAAAAUAAUGGUUCUUAUUUCCAGAUUUCUCAAACAUUAAUUGCCUGGAAGAUUGAAGAUUCUUGUCUUUAGUGAAACCAUGGGGUAAAAUAGAGCAGUGGACAAAUGGGAUUUGGCUGUGUGACUAAAGAUUGUAUUUGGGACUUGGUUGAUAAAUGAUUGUGUGAUUGAUUAUACAGUAUAUGUUGGUGUUUCUGGGUAGCACGCUGUUAUGUUUUGCGUCUUAAUUAAUUUUUAAUAUAGAAGAAAACAUUAGAAUCAAGGUGGAUAAUGAGUUCCAAUUAAUUGAUUAAUGCCGUCACCUACAGUGUGCCUGGUGAAGGUGCCUGCAAUAUACAUUUAUGGCACAAACCAUUGGGUACAGACAGCUGCAGCUCCUCCCACAGAGUAGGUCAGUGACCUUGAAGUCUCUGUGCUCUCCCUCCUUUCCUGUGCCUGGGAAAAGGUAAGAUGGUUUGCAGCAGCUUUUCCCCUCAUUGUAGAACUGUAGGAACAAGAGUUGAGUAGGCUGUGAAAGCUUUUAUGGUGUCUAAUGAGAGCUGGUGACAUUCCCCAGAUGGGAUUUCUUUUAUCCAUGACGUUUGCUUUGCAUGGCAAAUGUGCCUUUUGGCGUGUCUGUUACUAGUGUUCAGUAUUGCAGUGAGGAGCUUCAAAUUGGUUUAAUUCUGCUUCUGCAAGCAUACGUAUACCUAAGGCCAUGCACUGCAGUAAAAUGCCACAAAUGUAAUCAUGAGCAAGCACUAACUUCCGCAUUAAUGCCAAUUCAUAUGUGUCCACCUGGAAGUUCAUUCAUUCCUCAUGUACGAGUCAGAAGUGUUUAAAAAAAAACUCGACAGGACCUAUAUAUUUUUAUUUGCUGUAUGAAGGUUUAUGUGAGAAAGCCCACAGUGAUUAAAUUUGUACAUUGUAAACUCA